AUGACAUCCGGCUUUUCGUGGGCGCCAAUGUUGGUGAGAAUCGAGACACCUCAGAGCCUUCUUGGCGCACAGGAGGUGCUGCUACGCAUCUCCACCGGUGGCUUGCGCGACUUCCUGCUGCCAGCCGGUCAACUGGAGGAGCUCACCAGCUUGAGCCUGCAGGGCGGCGCUCUCAGGGAAAAGCUCAGGGAGAAUGCCGUCGCAGAGCUUCCAGGCCAGGGCUUGAACUGCAUCGAAAAGUUCGGGGUGCCCGGGAAGCUUCCAGUUUGCAUCGCCGGGAAGGAUCUCGAGGCGACUGCGAAGCUCUGCGAAGACCUGGACCUCCAGCCAGCACUUCUUCAAGGCGAUGUCGGCGCAAAGCUCUUUGAUCCUUUUUCGGAUGACGGCAAAGAUGGCUAUCUGCUACCGCAGAUGAUGUCAAUAGUGGACCACGGGAAGAAGGUGCCAUACCUGAAGCCCAGGACGCGUCUCAGCGCGAAGGACUACGCAAAGCUGAGUUUGCCGGGGCCAACCAGGCGCAGCAACGUCGCUGCAGAGAUGGGCUUCCCAGCUCAGGAGUCUGCCAAAGCAGCCUCACCCCUCAUCGACGACGAAGCCGCGCUUGAGUUCAAGACCGAGAAGGCCAAAGCUGAGCUUCUACGGCAGAUCGACUUCGUCGUCGCCGAGUCGGCCAUGGGAUUGGCAGGUGAUCUGCUCUUCUUAGAGAGCGACUGGGCAAACGCGCCGUUCCGAUCGUCGCUUCAGGAGAUCGCACAGCUGGGCCCGGAGUUCGAGCAGGUACUUCAGCAGGAGCAGUCACCGGAGCUGUCGCUGGUGCACGAGGAGCUGGUGGCAAGCUGUGCCUCCGUCAUGCAAGAGUUCCCCAGCGGAACCAUCCCCGCAGACCGUCGGGCCGAGGCGACCAAGGAGAAGCCAGGAACCCUGCGAGCCAAAGCGGUCCGCAUCCGUGGGAGCACGGAGUCCGCGUAUCCCUUCGUCAAAGCUCUGACCCAGGAGGCGGGAUCUCUGGGACAAGUUCCCCCGGCUGCACUGAAAGAUGAGCGGUUACAACUGAUGGAUCCUGAUGGAAUCCAGGAAUAA